AUGGCACUGUCUUCCUUGACUAAUGCGGACUCGAUUUACGUGCGCGCUAUGGACGAAGCGAUGAAUACCCAGCCCCGCGAUAUGUAUCCAAACCCAACAUCAAUGAUGAAUAACUGGUGGUUCCGCAUCGCUAUCAAUAAGACUGGCUCGGAGCUUCAAUUCGUUCAUCCCGCACCAGUUGGGAAGAUAGCCUUAGGCUGGAUGGAGACGAUGAAAGCAGAAGGAAGAGACUUCCUCAGACCCGUCUUUGGUUCUAGCUCAAAUGUAAGGGAACUUUCCGACAUACCUUCUGCAGCCGAUACAGAAGUCGCUCUCACCAAAGAAGGUGUGUCGCGCCGAAUUUCCUUUUCUGAAUUGAGGGCCAAACAUUGUUUCGCUGUAAAAGGUGAGGUGUAUGACGCAACACCAUACCUCGAUGAGCAUCCUGGCGGUGCGGAAUCCAUUCUGCUUGUCGCGGGCGAUGACGCAACGGACGAUUUUGUGGCGAUUCAUUCUGCUGAUGCGAAGCACAAGCUACGGCAGUUCCACGUUGGGACAUUGAUACCGUCUUCGACGAAGACUCGUGCGAUGCCCCCAGAAAUUGUUUCGCACGAGCCUACCUCAUUUUUGAAUCCGAAGAUCUGGAAAGUAGUUCGGCUUGUGAAAGUACAACGAGUCAAUCACGACACAUUCCUCUACCAAUUCUCUUUAGGGAAAAGCACUGACACGCAGCUUCUUGGCCUUCCGAUUGGUCACCAUGUUUUUGUCAGACUGAGGCGCAAAGAUACUCGUGAAAUAGUUCAGCGCGCGUAUACGCCUGUCUCUCAGAGAGAUACCGCCGGACAUAUCGACUUUCUUGUCAAGUUAUACCUUCCAUGCGAGAGUCUUCCGUUAGGUGGUAAGAUGACGACGGGAUUUAGUCAACUCGAAGUUGGCGACGAGAUCGAAAUUAAAGGACCUUUGGGCGCUUUCACUUGGCAGGGACGCGGAUCAGUCAUAUGGAAGGGUACCCACCGAACAGUAAGAGAGAUUGGCAUGAUCUGCGGCGGUAGUGGAAUCACUCCCAUCCUCCAAGUACUCCGCAGUAUUGUCCAUGAUCGCGCUGACGAGACUCGAGUGUGGCUCAUAGACGCAAACAAGACAGAUGCAGACAUACUCUGCCUAGAAGAGCUUAGCGAGCUGCAACGUCUCCGCGGUGCAGAACGCCUCCGCAUUCACCACACACUGAGUGUGACACCGGAGGGAUGGGAAUAUAGCACAGGCAGGAUUACGAAUACGAUGCUUAUCGAACAUCUUCCCCGUCCAUCUCAGGACGCCAUGAUUCUCGCCUGUGGUCCCCAGGCGAUGAUAACAGAGACGGUGAAGCCCGGAUUGCAACGGUGUGGAUGGGACACAGACCAAAUGCUCGUUAUAUUUUAG